AUGGUGACUGGAAUACUGUCUGGAAAUCAUAAGGUCCUUGGGGUUUCCAUUCCCUUAAACACUAUUGAACCUGAUAGUGUUGCUUAUCAAGAAAAUAUUGAGUCUUUAGGAAAGAAUAUCUCUGAUGAUGUUGAGAAAAUUGAUGCUCAUAAGGAGUCAAAUGUUGACAAACCUUUAGAUAAUGUGGCUGGUGAGGAAGUUCAUGUCACUCAUGAUGUCAGUGACAACCCUAACUGUGAGGCUGAAAUAGUAGAACUGGAGGAAUUUUUUGAUAAUGAGCUGUUGUCCUCAAUCCUCCCUAGCAUAGCCAAAAGGGUUAGGACUAGGAGAGAAAAGAAAACUGUGGCUCAAAGGUCCCCCAGAAAGAAGAUUGAUGUUCCAACCUCUUCCAAGACAAAGGUGGCAGUCGAGAGUUCCCUCAAGAGGAAAGGUCAUGGUCCAAACAAAUCUUGGAUCAAAGUGGUGCCCAAGAAAAAUAAGACCAAGUUUGUUGUUGUUGAGUCAGACUCAGAUGUUCCGUGUAAUGUCUCUGACACUCUGUCAAAGAAGAAGCCAAACACUGGCAAGCUUGCAGCUAGUGUCCCUGAGGUACCAAUUGACAACAUAUCUUUUCAUUUUGCUUCAAGUGUAAAUAGGUGGAAAUAUGUUUAUCAGAAGAGGCUGGCUUUGGAAAGGGAAUUAGCUCAGAAUGUCCUAGACUGUAAGGAUAUUAUGGGCCUUAUUCAAGAGGCUGGUUUAAUGAAGACUGUGACUCAGUUCUCAAAGUGCUAUGAGAUGUUGGUAAAGGAAUUUAUUGUUAAUUUGUCUGAAGAAUGUGUUGAUGGCAAGUCUAAGGAAUUCAGGAAAGUGUAUGUGAGAGACAAGUGUGUAAAUUUCUCUCCCUCAGUGAUCAACAAGUAUUUGGGAAGGCCUGAUGUAGCUCAACCUGAGCUUGAGAUUGGAGCUGCUAACUGGAUGCCCACCAAUCAUAAAUCUACAGUUGUUGUAAUGCUUGGAAAGUUUAUAUAUGUUGUUGGAACCAAAGCCAAAUUUGACUAUGGCUCCUAUAUUUUUGAUCAAACUUUGAAGCAUGCAGGAAGCUUCAGUGUGAAGGGUCCUAUAGCCUUUCCGUCUCUCAUAUGUGGUAUUGUUUUAAAUCAGUUUCCAAACAUCUUAACUGAGAAUGAUUCUGUGAAGAAACGAGACAGCCAUAUGUCCUUCAAUCAUAAGCUGUUCCUAGGUACCCAUGUCCCUGACAUUGUCAUGACAACAGGUGAGACAUCACGUGUGUAG